GUCUCUUAAUCCGUCCUUCUCCCUCCGAGUUACUUUGUAAAAACGAAACCGUAAACCUAGACUGAAAGAGAUCUGGAUGAUUCGCUUUCAUAAUGAAAAAGCGCCUUUUGUUAGUUUUAUUGCUGGUGUCUAAUAUUACAUUAUCUUCAGGUUUUCUGGAUGUGAUCGCGGCUGCUGCAUCUUAUGUUGUUUACACAUUUUUUGAACGGGACGGCUUGCUGCCUUAUGACCCUAAAGGUUUGGAGAAAGAUUUAAGAGACUCUCUCUUUGGGCAGCACAUUGCGUCUGAUGUUGUACUAAAAUCUGUAACAUCAUUUAUGACUGACAGCAAACCAAACAAACCGCUGGUUCUGUCUUUCCAUGGGACUGCAGGAGUUGGGAAAAAUCAUGUUGCUAAAAUCAUUGCAAGAAACAUGUAUGAAAAAGGGGAAAACAGCAAACAUGUUCACAUGUAUAUAUCUGAGCAUCAUUUCCCACACAAAGAAAUGUCAGACGUGUACAGCGCACAGCUAAAGCAGUGGAUUUCUAAGAGUGUAUCAAGUUUCCCCCGCUCCAUGUUCAUAUUUGAUGAAAUGGACAAGAUGCAGCCAAAGCUGAUUGACACCAUAAAGGCCUUUCUGGACUACAAUGCCCGUGUAGACGGAGUGUCAUUCCACAAUGCACUCUUCAUUUUUCUUAGUAAUGCAGGUGGGAAUGUGAUUGCUGAAGUGGCUCUGGAUUCCUGGAGAGAAGGCAAAGAUCGGGAAGAGCUAUGGAUGAACAGCAAGGAUAUGGAGACUAAAAUCUUUCGAAACAUUUUUAAUGACAAAAACAGUGGAUUUCAGCACUCCAGUCUCAUAGAUCAUCAUCUGGUUGAUCACUAUAUUCCUUUCCUACCUCUGGAGCUGAAGCAUGUGCGUCAGUGCGUCGUGGCUGAGAUGGUCCAUCUGAACAUGACUGAAGACUUUGAUCUGGCAGAUAAAGUGGCCAGAGAAAUGCCCUUCUUCCCUGAAAAAGAGAAAAUCUUUUCUGUUAAAGGCUGCAAGUCUGUCAGACAGAAGUUGGUCCUACAAAUGGAUGAAUAGACGAAAGACUUUAGCAGUGCACUUCAAUUAACUUUUAAACAUACAGUUGAACUGCAAUGAAGUAUGGCCUUACAUCUCUGUUUAAUGUAACUAAUUAAUAUUUCUUGACGAGUGACAUUGCUAUCUGGAGUCGGGAUUGGAGUCUCUAUUAAAAUUUUAAUCUAGACC